AUGGUUCUUGUACGUGGUCUCCCGCAAUACAAACGGGCAGUAGGGUUUCUGGCAUUUCCUGCUCUGUUGUUUUAUUUACUUGCAUCUAUUGCGGCCCUUCCAAACGUGCCAGGAAUAUUCAUAGAGAACAUCCAAACCGAUCUGGGAUCCGGCUAUGUCGAAGUUAGACUUGGAUAUUUUGGUACAUGUCUCCAACGGAGUGGCUCCGACGCUGACAUAAAAUUGCAAUGCGCCAUUACUCGAAAGGGGUUCAGUGAUAUGCUGAUUGAAGAUUCCAACGGGACAUCCAAUGCCACCGAGAAACUUCUCGUGUUCGCAUCAGGGAUGCAGCGUGAUGUUUUCGUUGGAUCUCCAUCUUUCUUUCCCGGAGCUGGGCUCCUAUUCCUAAUAAGCCUUUUGCUUCUCAUCCCCAUUGAGCUGACCACUCGGCCGCCCGCAAAAUUCAAGCCCAGUACUGUUCUCUUUUUAAACCAUGCCAUCAUAAUGCUCUUUUGGUUCACAGCCGCCUGGUCUUUUGCAGGUGCAUUGUCGAUUGCAGAAGUUGUAAGAUCACAGCAAGAACUCUUGAUCUUGCAUGGGAGCGAUAAUAUCACCGUCAAGAUCGGUGUGGCAGUUCAAUUCCUGCAAUGGACCGCUUUUGUUUUCACAUUUGUCUUUGCAGGAGGUGUCACUACUUUAAAGAUGACGCAUGAGCCUAGGGUGCUUAAUCUUGAAGAAAUUUUGGACAAGGCUGGCUAG